UCGUCCUUUUUAUCCUGCCGGUCUUUGGCGGAUUCUGGCGGUUUGGUAUUGUUUUUGUUUUUUCAGCUUCAUUUCGCUGACUGCUUCCUUGGAUUACCAGUGCGCCUACGAAGGACUUGACAGUGGACAAAACUUUACGUAAGUGGAACUCAGAAAAGGAGAGCGGAGAAAAACGACCGGAAGGUGCCCCCGGAGGAAUUUUUGAGCAGCAAGUGGCAGCCGCCAUGAAGCCCCGCACGGCUAUCUCCAGAGCGGACAGUGCAUCGAUAAAAUCGGUCAGCUCGGAGGACGUCAGCACGGCAACCGCCAACUGGCACGGCAAAGGAUGCUGCAGUGCGGAAGCUAAAAAUCCAGCCUUCAAACGUGGCCGCCAAAUUCAGCUGAUGCAGAUGAUCAUCCUUCCUUUCAUUCCGAUUUUGGCCCUGAUUGUGCAGACGUCGUACGAAAUGAUUGACAUUGUCAGUUACCGGAUGGAGGCGACCGAGAUUGAAGGACAAGUCACGAUGGCAACGGGACUCGGAAAAGUGGUUACCAGACUGCAACAGGAACGAUCCGAUGUGGCCUUCUUUAUCUACACCAACGGGAGCAUGCUCCGGAGGAAUCUGACCAAAGGAUUCCUGGAGACGGAUCGAGCGCUGGAGAAUAUGUCUUCCUGGCCGGAUAUGAUGAUUGCAACGCUGAACGACGGGAAAGUGACGUGGCUGAAUAUGAGUGAAUUCCGAGAGGAACUGGAAGAAUUCCGAGAUAAUAUCUGUUCCGAAAACAGUACGGUCCGGGAUGUGUUGCACUGGUAUACGACGGUGAACGGAGCUCUACUGGAACAUCUGACCAAUCAGAUCAAGGAUGCCAAUAAAAGUGGCGUGUGGCGGUUUUUGUUAAGUUUCAAAAAUUUGCUUAAAAGCAUCGAAAGUUUGGACAUUUCUUCGGUGUACGGAAUCAAUUACUACGGGCGAGGUUUCCUCAAGACCGAACCAUACGUCCUGUACGUGCAGCAUGACAUCGUCGGAAAAGAAUUGCUAAACGGUUCGUUGAACUACAUUCCGAAGCUAAAAGCCAUGUACAGGAAUCUUACGCGGGGAAUGCGAAAUUACGGCAAAAUCAAACAGUGGAGUGCUACGAUCCGGAUGAACGCUCAGAUCCCGGCGAAUGUGACAACGGCACGCGCCUACUAUGAAGCCAUGGCAUCCUACAUCGACGAACUGCGGAAACUACAGGACAAAGUCCGGUGGAUCAUCAGAGAGGAGGUACAGAAGGUGCUCCAGAAAGCGGACCGCAUGGAAACGUUCGGAAUCGCCAUACUGAUUGUGGUUUUGAUUGUGUCACCCAUCAUCAUCAUUUUGGUGCGUAAUGCGGUCGCCACCAUCCAGAUGUACGCGGUCAAUCUGGCCUACAAGGCGAAAGAGUUGAAACGUGAGAAGCGCAAAUCCGAUUCGCUAUUGUUUCAAAUGCUUCCGGCGACGGUGGCCACCCAGCUGAAGCAGGCCCAGACCGUUCCGGCGGAGUACUAUUCGGCGGUAACGAUUUUCUUCAGCGAUAUCGUCGGAUUCACGGAGAUUGCAGCCGAGUGCACACCUCUGGAGGUGGUUUCCUUUUUGAACUCCAUCUAUCGGAUGUUUGACGAACGCAUCGAAUGCUAUGACGUUUACAAAAUCGAAACCAUCGGAGAUUCGUACAUGGUGGCGUCGGGACUUCCGAUUAAAAAUGGUGGCAACAAACACGUUUCGGAAAUCGCUACUAUGGCUCUGGAUCUACUUGAUGCCUCCGGGUGUUUCAGUAUUCCACAUAAUGCAAAUGAACCAGUUCAGAUACGGGUCGGAAUCCACACCGGUCCAGUUGUGGCUGGUAUCGUGGGAACCAAGAUGCCGCGAUACUGUCUCUUCGGGGACACGGUCAACACAGCCUCCCGUAUGGAAUCCACCGGAGAAGCCCUCAAAAUCCACAUUUCGGCCGAAAUGAACGAUGCUCUGGUGCGAAUCGGCGGCUUCAAAACCGAACACCGGGGCCUGAUUGAUGUGAAGGGCAAAGGACUGAUGGACACCUACUGGUUGAGCUGUAAGGAGCGAGCUAGUCCGAACUGUCACGGUGAGGUUGCCUGGUACGCCGAUAUGCAGCCGGUUUAUCUGAAGAUUGUCUAAAGCCCGAAACGUUGCUUAGUUCGAUGAAACUUUUGGCAGAGGCCAGUGCAGCCAGCGGGUUCAAUCUAGUGCAUAUACGUAUAUAUAUAAAUAUAUUUACAAGGAGACUAAAACUGAGUGUUCGACAUUUCUAGUCCAUCGUAUUACACCCUACCGAUAUUACACCAAUCUACAUAAGCUUUAAACAGUGUUAUACCGCAAUGUUCUAUGUUACGGUGAUUUCCGUUUUGUCAGUA